CGAGGUCGCUUUAAGAGUUGGAGCAGCGGCCGCGCCGCUUCAGCUCCAGCCCGGGAUCUGAAGCACACGCACACAGCGCAGUCAUGGCGGACAACAUCAAAACGGGAGUCUUCGCUAAAAAUGUCCAGAAGCGGCUGAACAGGGCCCAAGAAAAGGUGCUGCAGAAGCUUGGCAAAGCAGAUGAAACAAUAGAUGAGCAGUUUGAAGGAUUUGUACAAAACUUCAAGAAGCAGGAGGCCGAAGGUAGCCGAUUACAGAGGGAACUACGAGGGUACUUAACUGCAGUGAAAGGGAUGCAAGAGGCUUCAACAAAGCUCACAGAGUCAUUACAUGAAGUGUACGAGCCUGAGUGGUAUGGCAGGGAUAGCGUUAAAACUGUCGGCCAGAACUCUGACUUGCUAUGGGCGGACUUUCACCAGAAGGUGGUUGACCAGUCUUUGUUGACGCUGGACACAUACCUGGGCCAGUUUCCUGAUAUCAAGACUCGAAUUGCAAAGCGCAGCAGAAAGCUGGUUGACUACGACUGUGCCCGACAUCACCUAGAGUCCUUGCAGCACUCAAGACGAAGGGAUGACAGUAAACUCGUCAAGGCAGAAGAGGAAUUUCAAAAGGCACAGAAAGUCUUUGAAGAAUUAAAUAUUGACCUACAGGACGAAUUGCCAUCAUUGUGGUCAAGCCGAGUUGGUUUCUAUGUCAACACCUUCAGAAACAUUACGUGCAUAGAGUCGAAGUUCCACAAGGAGAUUGCAGUGCUCUGUCAUAAAUUGUAUGAAAUAAUGAGUAAGCUUGGAGAGCAGCAUGCCGACAAAGCAUUUACUAUCCAAGGCGCACCCAGUGACUCAGGACCUCUACGAAUUUCUAAGACUCCAACGCCACCAGAAGAGCCAUCUCCGCCAAGCAGUCCUAUGACCAGCCCGAACCACACUUUGGCUCCUUUGGCAGUUUCACCAGCCCACACUCCGACUCGACCCAAGUCGCCAUCUCUGUUGCGUAAAGGCCCUCCUGUCCCACCACCACCAAAACUCACCCCAACAAAGGAGCUGCAGCCAGAAAACAUCAUCAACUUCUUCGAGGACAACUUUGUUCCUGAGAUCAACGUCACCAGCUCAUCGCAGGCUCUGAUGUGCUGUGGAUCCUUCUUUGCUGGGCAAGAAUUAUCUCAACAGCCGGAGCAACCUGCCGCUCACCCAGGGGAGUCGCUGCUUGACCUGGACUUUGAUCCUUUCAAACCAGACCAGACCAGUACCGUAACUCAAAGUCAGUCGCCGCAUGCUCAGACUCUUCCUUGGGAUCUGUGGGAGGCCAACACAGAACUGGUUCAGCCUAAGCCCAGUGCUGCAUUCAAUGGAUUCACACAGCUGGAUGCUGGAACCACAGGGGGAAACACAGAGUUGCCCAACCAAAGUGUGUUCGAUACAAUGCUGGAUGCUGGAACCACAGGGGGAAACACAGAGUUGCCCAACCAAAGUGUGUUCGAUACAAUGCUGGAUGCUGGAACCACAGGGGGAAACACAGAGUUGCCCAACCAAAGUGUGUUCGAUACAAUGCUGGAUGCUGGAACCACAGGGGGAAACACAGAGUUGCCCAACCAAAGUGUGUUCGAUACAAUGCUGGAUGCUGGAACCACAGGGGGAAACACAGAGUUGCCCAACCAAAGUGUGUUCGAUACAAUGCUGGAUGCUGGAACCACAGGGGGAAACACAGAGUUGCCCGACCAAAGUGUGUUCGAUACAGUGCUGGAUGCUGGAACCACAGGGGGAAACACUGAGUUGCCCAACCAAAGUGUGUUCGAUACAAUGCUGGAUGCUGGAACCACAGGGGGAAACACAGAGUUGCCCGACCAAAGUGUGUUCGAUACAGUGCUGGAUGCUGGAACCACAGGGGGAAACACAGAGUUGCCCGACCAAAGUGUGUUCGAUACAAUGCUGGAUGCUGGAACCACAGGGGGAAACACAGAGUUGCCCGACCAAAGUGUGUUCGAUACAGUGCUGGAUGCUGGAACCACAGGGGGAAACACGGAGUUGCCCGACCAAAGUGUGUUCGAUACAGUGCUGGAAGCUGGAACCACAGGGGGAGACACAGAGUUGCCCGACCAAAGUUUGUUCGAUACAGUGAUCGAAGCUGAAGCCACUCUUGCUACUGAGCCCAAAGAGCCAGCCACUGGCACUGAAGCACCCCCGGAUGGUCCUUCUGUUGUGCCCAGUGCAGUCACGGAGGAAGUUGUGGAGAAUAAGGAGCUUGAAGUGCAGGAGGCAGCUGCAGGUGCUGAGACGGAGAUUGUUGAGGAGAUUAAAGACACUGAGGUGGAGAAGGCAAAAGUAAUUGCUAAAACAGAGAGCAUUGAGCAAGUGGAGCCCGAGCAGGACACUGAACAACACAAGGAAAUCCCUGAAGAUGCGGAGGCCCCACAGGUCUCAAUUCCUUUGGUGGUUAUUCAGCCAGCGUCCAACAAUGAAGGCGAAGAUGAUCAGAGCACCACAGUGAAUGAAACUGUGGAUGUGCAAGAGGAGGAGGUGGUGCCAGCCGUGGACGUGAGUUCACCUCCUCCAGCACCCACUGCAAUGGAACAGUCAGAGGAAGUGAGCAGAGCUGAUGAUAAGCCAGUUGUCAGUGCAGAGAGUACCAAUGACGGUCAGCAACAGAGUGCAGCCGAGGUUGAAUCUGCUAACUCACAGACCAUGCCCCCGAGAUUCAUGUACAAGGUUGAAGCUGUCCAUAAUUUUGAAGCUGCCAAUGAAGAUGAACUUAAUUUACAACGUGGAGACAUUGUAUUAGUGAUUCCAUCUGAGACAAUGGAAGACCAGGAUGCUGGUUGGCUCACAGGUAUAAAGGAGUCGGACUGGAUACAGUAUGGUGCUGCCAACAGUUCCAAAGGGCUGUUCCCCAAGAAUUUCACUCAGCAACUGGAAUAGACUGUGGCCGUUGUCUACCUGUGUGGAAGUUAUCAGAAAAAGCAGGACUCUGCUCCCCAUACAAGGUCUCCCACAAUAUGGUUGCGUCUUUGGAUUUUUCAAAGGCUGAUGCCUGAGAUAAAAAGCUAAUCAGCAAGGUUAAAAGCAUCAAAUGAUCACAAACUACGCAGAGCGUCAGUGUAUAUUAACCGAAGACACAGGAAGCAUGGCACUGACCUCAAUAUAUCUAUUUUGAACAAAGUAUGGAAAUUAAUAUGUAUUUCUUUAUCAAAGUCCAAUACUAUGUUUAAUUGUAUUUUCCUGGAGUUAACAAUAUUCUUGAAUGCAUCCCUUUCCUAUCAGUAUAAUGGUGGUGUAAUCCUCCUGUUCAUAAGUUUACGUUUUGCACUGUGCACCAAGUAAAUCUGUUCAAUGCAUCAUAGUUCAGUAGCCUAUCUAGACAAUUCCGUGUGUACUUAUUAAUCUUUGAUAUGAUGACUGCAAAUUGUUUUGUUUGGAGCUGAGGAGCAGCCUUUUCAUUCAUGCAGUAUAAGUGACCCCACUUAGAUGCAUCUCCUCAUCAUGUGUGUCACUGCCUGCUCCCGUCUCCAGUGUCCCUACUGGCUCAGUUUUUGAACAAAUUCUAUUGCUAUAUUGCCAAAUAAAUCUGGGAAGCUGUGUUUGUAAUGUAUUGUGCGUUAAAGAUUAGUGCAUUCAGAAUGAUGUUCAAGGGACAAGACUGCACCACCUCCUGGCCAUACAACACUUUUUUCCCACUCUGUUCUGUAUAAAUCAACACAGGAAUUUACUGGACUUAUAACAGGAAACAUUUAAAUGGUGCACCAGUUACUGAAAACCAUGACCUCUAGUUAUCCUUGCAACAAGUUUGAAAUAUUUCAUUCUGACUGAAUGGAAGGUACAAUUUCAAAAUGUCACAAUGAGUCAUUGUAACGUAAGUAUCGUAUUGAUGUAUGGAUCUGUAAUUAUUGCUCACCAUUUCACUGCUCAUGCUGGCAUAAAGAAAAACUAAAAAAUAUUGCGAUCUGUGUCUUGUUAUUUAAACAGUAUGCACGCAUGGCGUCUACGUUUACCCAUAAACAGGUUGGAUUUUCUGCACUGAAUUCACAAGAAUAGCAGGGGAGAUCCAGUGGCUUAUGUUCAAUUGUGCCAUAGCUUUUAUCCUUUUUGAGAUUCCACGUGGCAAUGCAAACACCCAGUUAGAGGACAUAAUUUCAUUCGUGGAGCAUUCUUUUGACUUUGUUUAAACAACAGAAUUACCUAGCACAUUGCUUCUUCGCAUGCAUCUUAAUAACGAUUGAUGCAUUUGAUAUGGUCCCACAUAGGAGAUUAGUGGGCAAAAUUAGGGCACAUGGUAUUGGGGGUAGAGUGCUAACAUGGAUAGAAAAUUGGUUGGCAGACGGGAAACAAAGAGUAGGGAUUAACGGGUCCCUUUCAGAAUGGCAGGCAGUGACUAGUCAUAUUAAUAGUGUACGAUGGACUUAAGCCAAUCAAAUUGCUCAUUCUUUACGGGAAACCCGCCGCCAGAAAUGGGUGACGGAGGAACAGAAGGAAAUUCACAUUAGGCAGGAAAUGGUGUUGGAUAGACUGAUGGGACUGAAGGGUGAUAAAUCCCCAGGUCCUGAUGGUCUGCAUCCCAGGGUACUUAAGGAAGUGGCUCUAGAAAUCUUGGACACAUUGGUGAUCAUAUUCUCUUGCAGAGC